UCGUAGCAUGGUUUUCAUUAAUGCAAUUACGUGCAAUCGUUCUUAGUAUUAUGACGCCAACGUUGAGACAAUUGUUUUGUGGAUACGAUAUGGAAUUUCGGCCAUAUUCUGUUUCAGUGCAGUUCGAUCGUGUAACUACAUGGCCAGUGAAUCCUGGUUGGAGUCUUCCCUGCGCCGUUCAUCUAAACUUGGGCAGGAGGUGUUGGAAAAAGCAAAAAGACGGUCUGUAAGCUGUUCAAGACCACGACCACCCGUGCUCGGCCACAAUGAAAGGAACUCAGAGAGGGACAUUUUACAUUCAAACUUAGACCAUGCUUUUGCAAAAAUAGUGGAGUACAUGUCAGAAACUACCAGACAAUGCAAGAGGUUUUAUGAGACUGUGAACCAGGCUCAGCCCAGUGAGCGAGAACACAUCUGUCGAUACCAUUCCCAGCAGAUGUUGAGGACUGCAGACCAGAAACAGAAUGCAAGUGCAGCCAUCAAACGAGACGGUUCAUCAGAACCAGAGGAUUUCCUUAUUGAAGUGUCUCCAGGCACCUAUUCCAUCACAGCAGCAAUGCAGGACACGGAGCCACAGACGAAAACUGUCCGCAUCAACGCUGGAGAAAGCAUGAGCCUUACAUUCAACCUCUGAACUGCACCUGUGUAUUAUAUGGGUGAAAUUCUGUGCCUUAAUUGAGCACUUGCUCAAAAUUUGCAACUAAAGCUAAAUGCACUGACUUUGAGUCUUCUUGGUAGCCUUUUUUUAUUUAUUCAGAAGUGUUACUGUUUAAUACUCAGGAAUAUUUAUUCAUUUUUUAAUUGCAAUCAUGAAUAUAUAUUGAGCCAUAGAAGCCAUAAUGUGAUUCUGCCGCAAGACAGAAUAUACAUUUUUUUUUAUUUUACUUUGUUUAUUCUUUAAAGUUUUAAUAAAGUUUUGCAUGAUUUUAACAUAAUAA